AUGUAUGUGAGUAUAUUGUAUGUAGUAUUUUUCAGAUGGUUACUAAGUGGCUACCUUACUGAUUCUAUAUUAUUUCUUACAGAAAAGCUUGCAGAGGCUCAACGCAAGUUUGCUACACUUCAUAAUGAGCUUCAGUCAUCACUGGAUGCACAGAAGGAAAGCACUGGUGUUACUACCUUGCGGCAACGCAGAAAGCCAGUCUUCCACCUGUCCCAUGAGGAACGUGUCCAACAUAGGAAUAUUAAAGACCUUAAACUGGCCUUCAGCGAGCUCUACCUCAGUCUUAUCCUGCUGCAGAACUAUCAGAAUCUGAAUUUUACAGGGUUUCGAAAAAUCCUUAAAAAGCACGACAAAAUCCUGGAAACAUCUCGUGGAGCAGAUUGGAGAGUGACUCAUGUAGAAGUAGCCCCAUUUUAUACAUGCAAGAAAAUCAUUCAGCUCAUCUCUGAAACUGAGGCUGUAGUGACCAAUGAACUUGAACAUGGUGAUAGACAAAAGGCUAUGAAGCGCUUACGUGUUCCUCCUUUGGGAGCUGCUCAGCCUGCACCAGCAUGGACUACUUUUAGAGUUGGCUUGUUUUGUGGAAUAUUCAUUGUACUGAAUAUUACCCUUGUGCUUGCAGCUAUAUUUAAACUUGAAAAAGAUAGAAGUAUAUGGCCCUUGAUAAGAAUCUAUCGGGGUGGCUUUCUUCUGAUUGAAUUCCUUUUUCUACUGGGCAUCAACACCUAUGGUUGGAGACAAGCUGGAGUAAAUCAUGUGCUCAUCUUUGAACUUAAUCCAAGAAGCAAUUUGUCUCAUCAACAUCUCUUUGAGAUUGCUGGAUUCCUGGGGAUAUUGUGGUGCCUGAGCCUUCUGGCCUGCUUCUUUGCUCCAAUUAGUGUCAUCCCUAUGUAUGUGUAUCCACUUGCCCUUUAUGGAUUUAUGUUCUUCUUUCUUAUCAACCCUACCAAAACUUUCUAUUAUAAAUCCCGGUUUUGGCUGCUUAAGCUGCUGUUUCGAGUAUUUACAGCUCCCUUCCAUAAGGUAGGCUUUGCUGAUUUCUGGCUGGCCGAUCAGCUGAACAGCCUGUCAGUGAUAUUAAUGGACCUGGAAUAUAUGAUCUGCUUCUACAGUUUUGAGCUCAAAUGGGAUGAUACGGGCCUGAUGCCAAAUGAUUCAGAAGAACCAGAAAUUUGCCACAAAUAUUCAUAUGGUGUACGUGCCAUUGUUCAGUGCAUUCCUGCUUGGCUUCGCUUCAUCCAGUGCCUGCGCAGAUACCGCGACUCAAAAAAGGCCUUUCCUCAUUUAGUUAAUGCUGGCAAAUACUCUACAACUUUCUUCACGGUGACAUUUGCAGCUCUUUACACCACUCACAAAGAACGAAGUCACUCGGACACCAUGGUGUUCUUUUACCUGUGGAUUGUGUUUUGUAUCAUCAGUUCCUGCUACACCCUCAUCUGGGAUCUAAAGAUGGACUGGGGUCUCUUUGAUAAGAAUGCUGGAGAAAACACUUUCCUCCGGGAAGAGAUUGUGUAUCCUCAGAAAGCCUACUACUACUGUGCUAUCAUAGAGGAUGUGAUACUGCGCUUUGCUUGGACUAUCCAAAUCUCAUUCACCACCACGUCUUUGUUGCCUCAUUCUGGGGACAUCAUUGCUACUGUCUUUGCCCCUCUUGAGGUUUUCCGGCGUUUUGUGUGGAACUUCUUCCGCUUGGAGAAUGAACAUCUAAAUAACUGUGGUGAAUUCCGUGCUGUGCGGGACAUUUCUGUAGCCCCACUAAAUGCAGAUGAUCAGACACUCCUAGAGCAGAUGAUGGAUCAGGAUGAUGGAGUACGAAACCGCCAAAAGAAUCGGUCAUGGAAGAACAACCAGAGCAUAUCCCUGCGCCGGCCUCGCCUUGCUUCUCAAUCCAAGGCUCGUGACACUAAGGUAUUAAUAGAAGACACAGAUGAUGAAGCUAACACUUGAAUUCUCUGAAGUCUAGAUUAACAUCCUUGGUUUUCCUACUCUACGAUUCUUUCUUCGACCAACGCAACCUCUAGUACCUUUUUCCAACCGAAAAACAGGAGAAAACACAUAACACAUUUUCCGAGCUCUUCCACAUCGGAUCCUAUGGACUCCAACAAGCUCACUGUGUUUCUUUUCUUUUCUUCUGGUUUGAUCUUAAUUUUCUAUUUUUAAAACAAAUGCUUCAUUUUGCCAAUCAGAGGACAUUUUAAGGAACAAAAAAAAUAGUAACUUUUGGAUUGUUUACAAUCACAAGGACACAGAUACCUAUGAGGAUGAAGAACAGGCAUUGAAAGGACCCUCUGAUGGGAUGGUACCGAGAUAUCUCGGCUUCUGCUUGGCCCGGUUUUGACUGGUUGAAACCGGACAUUGGUUUUUAAAUUUUUUGUCAGUUUAUGUGGAGAAUUUUUUCCUUUCCUUCAUACCCAGCGCAAAGGCACUGGCUGCACUUGCAGGAAAAGUGCAACUUAGAGCAGUACCUUCAUUCACGAAGCUACUUUUUAAUUUGAUGUAACUUUUCUUAUUUUGGGGAGGGUUGCUGGGUGGGCGGGAAAUAUGAUGUAUUUGUUACAUAUGGUUUUCUCAUUAUUUAUGAAACUUAACCAUAAAAGAAUGAUAUAACUCCUGUGCAAUGAUGUGAUAACAGUGAAAGAAGAUGGGGAAAACUAAUGUUGGAUGGCAUUUAUGACGGUCAGUCCCACAUACCUCUUUCAGGAGACAACUUGUACCAGUUUGACUUCUUCUCUUCUUUUUAAUUUGAAGCCAAAGUUGUAUUACUAUAUUUUAUGUUGCUGCUGCUUUAGAGUCCUGAGCAUCUCUCAUAGCAAGGCAUCCCACACACUUCCACGCAACUGGGUGAACUUCAUGUAAGAUGUUCUGAUACUUUCUUCAAAAUGGACGUGGGAUACAUUUGCCCAUAUUCCAGCCAUAACGACUGAAGUUAUUAUGCCGGAUUAUGCUUCAGUAUGUAAGGGAAUUGUAGUGUACUCUUUACUUACUCUGACCUGAAAGACAGAACUAUUUCAGAGACUCUUCACAGCCUUACUACUUUCUCCUCUGGUCUCACCCACCUUAGCCAGAAUUUGAUCACGUUAAAAGUUCAUUGUGAGGAAACCAUAUUUUUCUGAGCAUGUAGAACAAGUUCUUCUUCCUUCAUAUUACAUUGAUACAGAAGGCCUAGUCAGCCAUUUCUCUCUUUAAAAGAUGAACGUUGGAUUUUAUGCCCUUCAUACUAGAAGCCUGUAUUUAAAAUGUUGGGGUCUAAACCUGGCCAUACAUAGAAAAGUACAUUUCUUUAAAAUUUCAGACUAUUAUGCUCU